CCCGCGCGACCUGUCGUCGUGGCUCGAGGCACAGGCCAGGCAGGAAGGCGCCCGUAUAAAAGGUGCAGCCAGCGGCGACUGAGAGUGGCCGUGGACUUCGGCUGGACGAGGAUGGAGUGACCGGCGCGGCCCUGGCCACGGCAGACCCGGCUCGACGCCAUCGCCCGCUUGUGCAGGGGAACCAAGCUCCGUGCGGCCGGUCCAAGAAAGCGCGCACGCGGUGCUGGAAGCUGCCAUGGAGCGCGGCCACCGGGCGGGCAGCCCGCUGAGCGCCGGUGCCGAACCCGCGGCCCCGGCCGCCUCCCCCCGCGACUCGAGCCCCGGGCGGACUGGGCUGGGGUCUGCGGGGCCCGGGGGCGGCGUGCGCUCCGGGGGCGGGCGACCCGCGGCGGCGAACGCAGCGCGGGAGCGCAGCCGCGUGCAGACCCUGCGGCACGCCUUCCUGGAGCUGCAGCGCACGCUGCCGUCGGUGCCGCCCGAUACCAAGUUGUCCAAGCUGGACGUGCUGCUGCUGGCCACCACCUACAUCGCGCACCUCACCCGCAGCCUGCAGGACGACGCCGACUCGCCCGCGGACCCCGGGCUGGGCGCCUUGCGCGGCGAUGGCUACCUGCACCCGGUCAAGAAAUGGCCCAUGCGAUCAAGAUUAUACAUUGGUGCUACUGGUCAGUUUCUGAAGAAUUCUGUCUCUGGAGAAAAGGCAAAUCAUAGCAACUCUCCAACAGACUCCCAGCCUUAGGAUCACCCCUGGUGGGGGUUGGUAAAAGAGCAGGCUGUUGUUUUUAAAUAUUAUGGAAUUCUAUAUUUAUUACAUCAAACAUAACAAACACCAUAUCUGAAAGUUUACAUUUGAACUUAUAUUUGAAUGCUCAAAUUUAACUCUCUUAGCCAAAUGUGGAAUGAAAUCAUUGGUCUCCUAUAAAACACACAUAGCAUAUCUAGUCAUUGUGAGAGUCACUGCUAUACAGUGCAAGAGAAACUAUAAGAAAAAAUAAUACAUGAAAACAAACAAUUGUGUAUAUAUAUCCAAAGAAUGCAUACAUUUUCUGUGAUGUACUUAUUACAAGCAGAAAAGCUAAUAUCUAUCAGUACAGUAGUCUUCCUAGUUUCAAAAAUAAAAUCUGUUUGUAAUAUACCAGUUCCAUUUUUGUGAAAACCAGUCUAUACUUAUAGUUGGUUUAAGAACUCAUUUCAGUUGGGAGGUAUGAAUACUUUUAUUCCAGUUAAGUUAAAUAUUUGUGAAAAGACUGAUAAAGUAAUAUAAAGGUGCGGUAACUUCUAUCACUACUUGUUUUUCCCUCUUAAAAAACUUUUUUGGAAUAUUAGAAAUGGUGUGCUCCAUAGGUUAGCACAUGGCCACGUCCCUAGAGGUUCAUUGAGUAAUUUACUGUGUUUCCAAACUGUGGAAGACAAGAGGAAUCCCUGCAGCUCAGUGUGAACGGGGGAUACUGGUGCCACUGGCAGCAGGUUUCCUCAACCUCCUGCCAGUCAUCCAUAUGCGCUCCACCCUCGUUCAGCUCCUGGGCAGAGUAACCCAGGCUCAGCUGCAGCCACCUAAAGAGAGUGGCAGGUUCAGGCCGGCAGAGCCUCCAGUGAGUCCCAUUAACCCUCCUCCACAGCCGGUGCUGCACUUGGGCUCCUUCUCCCCUUGUUAUGUGUUGUUCUUAAUCUAGCCAAAUGGCCAAUAUGAAAUGGAAGAAAUCCUGUCUGGUAUGGGAGUUUUGGCACUGGUAUGCACCUUAAGGGGUCUGAGGACACAGAAAGACCUUCCUGAAAUAAAUUCAAGCUAGAGCAGAAUCUUUUCAAUCUACCCCAAUAGGAACCACAAUCAAAGAAGGCCCUGUCAAAGAGGGACUCUCUCUUAGCACCAGCGGCCAUCCAGUGCCUAGGGAGCAGACUGAUUUUAUCAGUGGUUUUGGUCUUCAGCAGGAACCUGGGAGUCAAAAGCUUGUUACUGGCUGGCUCCGCGGCUCACUAGGCUAAUCCUCCACCUGCGGCGCUGGCACCCCGGGUUCUAGUCCUGGUUGGGGCGCCGGAUUCUGUCCCGGUUGCUCCUCUUCCAGUCUAGCUCUCUGCUGUGGCCUGGGAGUGCAGUGGAGGAUGGCCCAAGUGCUUGGGCCCUGCACCCCAUGGGAGACCAGGAGGAAGCACCUGGCUCCUGGCUUCGGAUCGGUGCAGCUGUCUGGCCAUAGCGGCCACUUGGGGGGUGAACCAAUGGAAAAAGGAAGACCUUUCUCUCUCUCUCUCUCUCUCUCUCUCUCUGUCUAAUUCUGCCUGUCAAGAAAUAAAAAAUAAAAAAAGCCUUGUUUCUCAGAGGAUACUUAAAUCCCAAACAAUGGAAUAUAAUACACACCCAAGAAAAAAACAUCAAUCAAGUCUGUGGCUUUAGAUUCCCCUUUAUCUCCUUUUUUCACUGUUUCUUCUUAGUCUUUACUAUUUCCCUUUCCAGCUGUGAAGUUCAUUUAUUUCUUCAUAACCCAUGGUUUUAAGGUUGCUCAAUUCAAUUCAAGAUUAUUUAAUAGACAAUGUAUGUUAAUGGACUUAGCUGAAUUAAUAUAGCAAUCGAAUCACCAUUUUAUUUUCUUUUCACCUCAGUUUUCUUCCAGCUUUUGGCAAUGAAAUGAAGUAAAAGAUCAUUUGGAGACAAAAACUGUCAUUCAGUUGAUUUAGCUGAAUAUGACAAUUGUUCAGUUCAUAUAUGAUAAAUUGUUGUGUUAUUAUUUUAAUGUGAAUAUAUUCCUUAUAAUGUGACAAAAGCAUGUCUUUGAAAAGAAAAGGUAUAUAAUAAAAGCUUUCUACAUAUAAGUAUGUAGCAAAAUGUUUGUCCAAAUAUUUGUAAAUAAAAUUUACCCACUUAUUAGACAUUGAAAGGACUAAAUGAAACAAAAUUUCGGUUCAACAAUUCACUGUAAGCUGUUGGCACAAGAAGGAUUAAAAAUUAUCUUAAGGAAUAAGGUAAAAAUGUCUUUAAUGCUGUAUCAAACUGAACUGUAAACA